AUGGCCCUCACAGCCCACGGGCCUCGGAGCCCACGGCCCUCACAGCCCACGGCCCUCGGAGCCCACAGCCCUCACAGCCCAGGGCCCUCAGCCCUCAGGACCACCCCACUCUCUAGCCGAGAAGCAAGUCGCAGCAGGCCCCCGCCGGCUUUGCCGAGCUCGGCUCCUCUGUGGGCUGUCAGACGGUCCACCGCUGUCCACCCUUGCAGCAAGCGACUGUCCUCGAGGCUCUGUGACUGCCGUCCUCCUGCCCCGCCCCUGCCCCGCCCCCAGCCCCGCCCCGCUCUCCCUGGGCUUUGCACCCAGCCUCCCGCGCUGCCUGUCCUCCACCUUGGCGCCUGCCUUCGGCUGCCCCAGGGGCCUUCCCGAUCCAGAGCUGGACCAAUGACGGAGGCCCCCAGUGCUCCUGGGUCGCAGCAGCGGCCCACCCAGGGCAAGGGUCACUCCCCGGCCCGGCAGCAGCUCCCGGCCCCCUGGGCCCCAGCCACCCGCCCGCAACAGGGCCUGCGACUCUCGCCCACCCCACGGCCUGGGGGCCUGGGUGGAGGCCGGGAGCCCAGAGGGCGGGCUCUCCGUGCACUUCCUUGGAACCAGGGCCAGGCUGGGCAGAGCUGGACCACAACUCGCCCGGCACCGGUUACUCGGAUGGGGAGCCCGGGGGCCGUCAGGCAGGUGGGCAGCCAAGUGGCCACAGAGACGGCCAGGGCCUCCCGUCCAGUCCGGUUCCCCUCCGCCUGGCGCCGCACCCGGCACCAGGAGCCCAGCUGUGCCCUAGGUGAACCGCCAGCCAGGCGUGCCCAGUGCCCUGCUGCUCCCCAGUUCCCAGACGGUGCGGGGCCCGGUGCGGGAGACAGGCAGCCGGCAGCGGGGAGAGGCCCCCCCGGGGCAGACGCCACAGAGGGCAAGUGCCUGUCCCGCGCUGACCGGUGUCUGAUAACGUGGUCCUUGACCCAGCAACCCGGCCAGCAGAGAAAACGGCCCGAGCAGGAGAGACACGGAAAGGGACCACCAGGCCCGAGACUCCUGCCAGCUCUGAUCUGA